CCCAAAGCCAUGCACAAUUCCCUCUGGGACACCAGGACCAUUUCCUACUCAGGAUGUGUUGCACAACUAUUGACUUUUGCUUUUUUCAUUUCAGCAGAGUAUUUCCUCCUGACAGUCAUGAGCUACGACUGCUACGUGUCCAUCUGCAAACCCCUGCACUACGGGACCCUCCUGGGCCCCCUCUCCAUCUCCUCCCCAUCCCUGGAUCUGUCCCUGUCAGUUCUGUACUCAGUGGUGCCUCCAGCCCUGAAUCCCCUCAUCUACAGCCUGAGGAACCAGGAGCUCAAAGGAGACUCGAGAAAACUGAUGACUCUCUAUUUUCAGAAGCAUUAAAUGCUCUCUUUUCUUCUGCACAGCCUCUAGAAUGUAACUCUUUACAAUCUCUCUUUUUUUUCUUAUCUGUCCAUUUAUUUUGGUAACUUUUUCUACUGUAGUGUUGUGUACAAAAUACUCUAAAUU